CUCCAGCUCCAGCGGGAGAGCAGGGCCGGGGCUGCACCUCGCUGCUCUCGCCUCCCUUCCAGCUUCCCGGUGCUCCUCCAGCAUGGGGACCAGGGGAUGGACGCUUCCAGCCUUCGUGGGAUGCUGCCUAUGGGUUCUGCAUGGGCUCGGGGCCGCCGUCGCCGUCCCUGUGACCACGGAGGGGCCGUUUGGUGCCGACACGAUUUCUCCCAUCACGGCGCAGAGCGAGGCACGGGGCGCCCUGCCGCUGGGCACGAGCACCGCCGUGGCUGAUACUGAGACAACCGAGAGCAUCCUCGUGGGACGCCCGGCCAGCCCGUCCUUCCCCUCCGGGGCUGAGGCAGAUUUGGUGGCCACGACCAGCGCUCCUCCGACCAGCUCUCCGGCUGCGGGGAGCGAUGCUGAGGCUGGGCUGAGCCCCAGCGCAGCAACACAGGCUGCCAGCGGAGAGCCCCAGGCGGUGACGGACUUGGCCACGUCCCUUAAUGCGUCCCAAGGAAACCAGACGGUUUCGGGUGCCGCCUUGGUUUUCACCCCCCAGCCUGCUUUCACCCCCAGCGCGGAGCUUGAUGUAACGGGGGCCGCUCCUGCUGCACCCCCCGGGGGCACCCCUCUGUUUGCAGACAUGAGCAAGGACAUCCUGCCGUCGGUGACAAGGGAAGGAGCAGACUUGGAGCCCACGGCUGAUGCCACAUCCCUCCCCGCCACCCUGCCACCAGCAGCUGCGGGGGCACAGCCAACAACUGGCAGCCCCCUGGGUCCCCAUGUCACCGCACUGCUGAGCCAAGGGCUGGCCACGGACACGGGAGCUGCGGAGGAAGGUGUCACCCUGCCUGGGGACAGCCAAGGUGAAGGCAGAGCCCCCUCCUCGAUCCCCAGCCCUGGGGCCGGGGGGCUGCUCACAACACAGUGGGACAAGGUGCUGAGUGGGACCAUGGGUGUCACCCUUGGGCCGUCAGCUCUGGGGUCUGGCAAUGCAGCAGAUGCAGGAAAUGCUGCUGUUGGCACAACUGAUUCAUCCCAUCUGGCUCCAGAGAACGCGACAGUGUUGGGCGCAGCAGAAAACCCAGGGCAGAGCUCUCUCCUCGCGGGACAGGCAGGGCUGAGCCCAGCCACCUCACCAGGACCAGCCGGUGGUGGGGAUGGAGAUGUGCAGGGAGCCCCAGCGGUGUCACCGGCCAGCCCCGGCUCAGCCCCAGCUCCUGCAGCCCCCGAGGCACCUGGGGAGCGAGGGGACACGGCCACCUCGCUGCUGGCCUCCAGGGCCCCCACGGAUGCGCAGAGCGACACGGAUGCCCCAGCCCCAUCCAUCGCCCUGCCCCUGCCCACAGGGGCUGGGCUGCAGCUGGUGAUGGGGCAGAGACAACAGCAAACCCUGACCUCGGCGCUGCCCCAGAAGCGCCGGCCUCGCCGUCCCCUGGGGGGUCACAGCCAUGGGGGAUGGCAGCCGGUGCUCCCGAGGGAGCUGAUGGACCUGGCACUGGCCUGA